GGAAGGGAAGGAGGAGAUUCCAACGCCUCUGCUCCUGACCCCCAUGAUGCCGAACGCAAAGCCAAUGUUCGGAGGUUCUCAAGGAGGUCAGGGGAGAUCUCCACGGAUGGGUCAAAUGGCUGCAGAUUCAGACGUCAAAGGUGCCAAGUCUCCGAUCAACUCGAACAGAAGGUCGCCGUCACUGGAUCCUCCUUAUGUUCCUCCUUGUACGGCUUCGCCUCCUGUUCGAAUACCGUCGGCCCAUCCUCUCUCGCACAACCGCGGGAUAGGCUUGUUCAGCUCGCCGGUCAACAGCCCAGCAGACAAACCUCCCUUCGCUCCUGCAAGCAACUCGCCCUCCUUCUCAUCCAACCCGCUGCUGUCCGGCUCCUUCCCAGCAUUGUUUUCAGAUCUUAAACGAGCAAACUCAGUCAAUGGAUCUCCUGAGAACUUCGUGGAAUCGCAGAGAUGCAAACCAACCGCAGAUUCGCAUGCCCACGAGGAGAUUCAACCUGCUCUCGUUGACGACGAGGCGCCUUUCGCGCUCAAUGGCACGAGCAGGGAGUACGAUUCGCUCACCAAUAUCCUCCGGAGAUGUGAAGAUCCCCUUCCACUCAGUGGCGUGUGGGGCAAGAGCGUUGCUCCUCAACGGCCAGACACUGAGACAGACAGUCUGAUCUGGAUGCCUCCUGCUGACGACGUGACGGUGGGAGAUCUGUUCGCCGACAUGUCGAUGAUGCAAGAUCUCAUGGAGCUGCAUCUGCACCAGCCCAGCAGCGCCGCGACCUCCUGACGAUGUUGCGGCCAGAGGCAAUCCGGCGACCUCUCACGUCAUCAUCUGCACAUAUUUCUCUCUUGCCUCGUGUACAGCAGCGUUAAAAGCGAACAA